GGAGGCGGCGGCGGCGGCGGCGGGCCGGGACCGGCCCGGUUCGGUCCGGUCCGGGGGGCUUCCGUCCUUCCUUCCCGUCCUUCCCUGUCCGGUGCCUGGGCGCCAUGAAGGGGUCGCUGACGCUGCUGUCCCGGGUCCCGGCCCACCCCGACUCCCGCUGCUGGUACCUGGCCUGGGAGCCCGCCGGCGCCCUGCUCGCCUCCUGCGGCGGAGACCGCGCCGUCCGCCUCUGGGCCCCGCAGGGGGACGGCUGGGUGUGUAAGUCGGUCCUGUCGGAGGGGCACCAGCGCACGGUGCGGAAGGUGACCUGGUCCCCCUGUGGGAGCUACCUGGCCUCCGCCAGCUUCGACGCCACCACCUGCAUCUGGAAGAAGAACCAGGAUGACUUUGAGUGUGUCGCCACCCUCGAGGGCCACGAGAACGAGGUGAAGUCAGUGGCCUGGGCCCCUUCGGGCAACCUCCUGGCCACGUGCAGCCGAGACAAGAGCGUCUGGGUGUGGGAAGUGGACGAAGAGGACGAGUACGAGUGCGUCAGCGUCCUCAACUCACACACGCAGGACGUGAAGCACGUGGCCUGGCAGCCCACGCAGGAGCUUUUAGCGUCGGCCAGCUACGACGACACGGUGAAGCUGUACCGGGAGGAAGAGGACGACUGGGUGUGCUGUGCCACCCUGGAGGGCCACAAAUCCACGGUGUGGAGCCUGGCCUUCGACCCCACCGGCCAGCGCCUGGCCACCUGCAGCGACGACCGUACCGUGCGCAUCUGGCGCCAGUACCUGCCGGGCAACGAGCAAGGAGUGGCGUGCGGCGGCUCCGACCCCACCUGGAAGUGCAUCUGCACCUUGUCCGGUUGCCAUUCCCGGACCAUCUACGACGUGGCCUGGUGUCACCUGACGGGGGCCCUGGCCACGGCCUGCGGCGACGACGCCGUCCGGGUGUUCGAGGAGGAUCCCGGCUGCGACCCCCACCAGCCCACCUUCUCCAUGACGGCCCACCUGCCCCGGGCCCACUCCCAAGACGUCAACUGCGUGGCCUGGAACCCCAAGGAGCCCGGCCUCCUGGCCUCCUGUAGCGACGACGGGGAGAUGGCCUUUUGGAAGUAUCAGAGGCCCGAAGGACUGUGAGCUGGGCCCGCCCCGAACACGAGACCGGGCCUCUUGGAGAAGCAUCCAGGUUCUCCUGACCCUCGGUGGGGGGCCGACGCGGCCCGGCCCCCCUUUCCUCGGCCUGAGGCCGGGAGGAGCCGCGUAUAAUAAACGUCUAACGAGAACCUC